AUGGAUCGGUACUUUUCAUGGCCAUGGGGUUUUAUAGGGGUGCACUUCUUCCACAAUAUCUCCACGGACCAUGUCGUUCACCAUAUCUUCUCCAAGAUCCCCCACUACCACGCCCGGGAAGCGACCAAUGCCAUCGUCCCUGUCCUUGGGCAGCAGUAUAACAGAGUGGGUUGA